AUUAUCCACAAUAAAUAAUCAUUUUAUCACUCUACGCUGCUGCUUGGGUUGAGAGUUGAGAGCUUCAUGGAAGGCAUGGCGAUGGGGCUCGAGGGCGGAGACUACGGCGCCUUCAUGGAGAAAUUCGAGCUGCUGCCUCCGCAAUCUCAGCAGCAGCUCCCGCUGCACGGCCUCACCUUCGCCAUCAAGGACAUCUUCGACAUCAGCGGCCGCGUCACCGGGUUCGGUAACCCGGACUGGGCGAGGACGCACGCCCCCGCCGCCGCCACCUCCCCCGUCGUCCUGGCCACGCUGGCCGCCGGCGCCACCAGCGUCGGCAAGACCGUCAUGGAUGAGAUGGCCUACAGCAUAAAUGGGGAGAACGCGCACUACGGGACGCCGACUAAUCCGUGCGCUCCCGAUAGAGUUCCCGGAGGAUCCUCCAGUGGAUCAGCUGUUGCAGUUGCCGCGAAACUCGUGGACUUCGCUCUGGGAACUGACACUGGCGGUAGUGUGAGGGUACCUGCUGCCUAUUGUGGCAUAUUUGGACUCAGGCCUUCCCAUGGAGUUGUUUCGACAGAAAAUGUCACUCCAAUGUCACAGAUGUUUGAUACUGUAGGGUGGUUUGCUAGAGAUCUUUCUACAUUUUCUCGUGUAAGCAACGUGUUGUUGCCGCUACCUGCUGACAACACUAUCAAGCAACCAACUCAAUUUACAAUUCCUAAGGACUGUUUUGAAAUCUUAGGUUCUCUGAAGGAUCAGACAUAUCAGAUUCUCAAUGCUUCAGUAGCUAAGAGAUUUGGUAGUGAUGCAGUAGAUAAUAGGAACCUUGGUGAAUUCGUCUCCAACAAUGUCCCAACCAUUGGGAAAUUUAUUAGUGACUUCUCCAAAAGCGAAGCACCUUCCGUACCUGCUCUAUCUGUUAUUUCAUAUGUCAUGCGAUGCCUCCAAAGGUCCGAAUUCAAAGCCAAUCAUGCAGAGUGGGUCAACACCGUAAAGCCUAAGCUAGGCCCAGGCAUCCAAGAGCGGGUGCACGAGGCCAUUACAUCAGAAGAUGGACCCAUGGAGGAUUUUCAUGCUCUAAAGACUGAAUUCAAGUCUGCACUUUCUGCUCUUAUCAAGGAUGAUGGAAUCCUUGCGAUCCCAACAGUGCCUGGUUCUCCACCAAAGCUGCGCAUGGAAGCUGCUGCACUGGAAAACUUUCGGGCAAGAGCAUUUUCACUUCUGUCAAUCGCUGGACUGUCCGGGUUUUGCCAGUUGAGCAUUCCACUUGGCGUGCGCGAUGGUGUUCCAGUGUCGGUCUCGCUCGUGGCACGCCAUGGUGCGGACUGGUUCCUCCUGAGUGUGGCUCAGGAGCUGUACGAGACGCUCCAAGAGGAGACCAAGAAAGCAUGGAGCUCAUCAAAGUCCUCUCUCUGAGCCAUCAAUCAUAAUUCGUGCGCAAACUUCUUGUUCCAUCAGUUCUCAUUCUCUCUGUGUAUCCUCCGUGACCAUGAGUAUUAUCGUAUUAUCGAUCUUGAUAUUCAUGUCAUACAGGCGUAUAGCAUUCUAUCCAUGUAUACUGAAAAGAAAAAAUGUUUUACCCCCAUACCAGUUUGUUGCUUCUGUAUGUAUAUGGAGAUAAAGAGUAUUACUACGAGUUCAGGGCAUGUUUGGAAACUGAAACUCUGGAAUGAAAAAAGGACAUGAAUGGCCAA